UGGGCAGCCCCACGCCUGUCUUCUGCCUUCCGGGCGGCACCAUGCGACCCGGGCCCACGCUGCUCCUCCUGGGCCUGGGCCUGUGCUGCUUCCCUGCACCCUCCAUCCCUCGCGGGGUGCCGGCCUGGCCAUCAGGGGUCUCCAGGGGCACAGCAGAGACUGGGUUGCACAUCCGCCCUGCUCAUCCUGGCCAGCGGCCGCGCGUGGCCCGUGCUGCCCGGCGCCCCGCCCCCAGCGGGUGUCCCCCGGGGGGACCCAUGGCGCCCCUGGACGGCAGAGUCGCAGUGGGCCCCUGUCGCCGCCGCCGCGGCCAGCAGCUACAGGCCCCGGCGUGGCCGGCCACCCUGCAGGUCCCGGGGGCGUCUCUGGCUCCCGGGCUGAAGGCGCGUAACUCCAAAGUGGCCGUGUCCACGCGGGAUCCCAAAGCUCUGCCGGUAAGAGACUCAGAUUCCACCUCCACGGGAGCCGCCAGGAGCCCCCCGAGAGCGCCCCUCCUGGGAGCUGCCCCCCUGACGGUUAACUUCACCGAGGAGCUGACUCUGAACGGCACCGGGGCCUGGGGCCCGGAUGCGGAACACCCGGCGGCGGGGCAGCGCGUCUCCUGGUACUGCACCGCGGACGCGGCCAACUCCGGCGGCGAUCGGGCAGCGGGGACCGACCAGCAGGUCUGCCACCCGGAUCAGACCGGCCCGCACUGGCCGUGGGCCUCGGGCCGGGCGCUGAGGCUUCCACCGGAGACGCUUGAAGGGGGCCGUGUGUACCAUUUCCGAAUGGUGACCCAGAAGGGCCACAAAGCGCUGUUUUCUGACCACAGCGUCUACGUGCUGCGCGGACCCGCACCCACGGCCCACAUCGCGUGUAUUGAAAACUGUGCUCGCAUGCUAGCUGUGUCUCGCAGAUUUUUCCUGUUUCUAAACUGCACAAACUGUGGCCGGCGAGACGUCUACAGCUGGUCUAUUUCUUCUGUGUCGGGUGAGCCGCUGCCAUUCAACUGGAGCCAGCAGACCAUCACAGGCAGGGACAGCGCUUACCUGGCUGUGCGCGCUUUUGCCUUCCAGAGCUUUGCGGAAGCUGAGUUUUGGGUUUCCGUCUCUCUGAGGAGUUGGGGUGGCGUGACCUCAGAAUUCAGACGUUCCUUCGUCGUCAACCACGGCCCCCACGUCGGGCAAUGCCGAGUGAGUCCAGCCAAAGGAAUCGCAAUGUUUACCGAAUUUGUGGUGAAAUGUAAUCGUUUUAAGGAUAAGCACGCCCCUGUCUCAUAUAAAAUAACAGUUUUUGAUUUGGACAGGGUUGGUGACAUCAAUUCGGGGCAAGAGAACAGCCUGGGGACCAUUGUAUAUUGGGGGACACAGACCACAACACCCCCUUUCUUUCUUCCUGCCGGCUCCGCUGCACAUCAGUACACCUUGAAGCUAUCUGCUCGGGUUUAUGACUCUCUGGGAGCCUUUACUCAGGCGACCGUCUCUGUCACUGUGUGGCCACCUACAGCCAUAAGCUCUGCAGAGAGUGUGUGGCGGCAGAUCCUGGGUGUCACCACGGGACCAGCUUCCCUGCUGUCCACCCUGCUCCAGCAGCAGGACUGGCUCCCUGCAAGUUACUUAAUGAGCGUGGUAGCUUCUGUGAUGAACAGCAUGAGCACCGAGCGAACUCUCAGCGAUGACAGAGCCCAGCUCCGGGAACAUCUGAUCAAUCAGUCCUUUGGGCUUCCCCUAAGAACGUCAGAGGAAGUGGGCCAGGUAGUGGUGGCUAUUGCCAAACUGACACAGGAAGCCUCUGAGGUCACCCAAGUGGCUCAGAAACGUGCCAUGGUGAGACUACAGCAAGCAAAUCAAGCCCUACAAACGUACCAAUGGGAAGACGAACACAGGAGCGCCAAACAAAUAGAAACGGUGGGCGCUGGAAUAGUGACGGGCUUGUCUAAUAUACUUAAACUGGCUGCUCCUCAGGAAGUGCUCGAAGACCUUCUCUUCGUAGUGGAAUCGCUAUCAGACACAAUAGUGGCUCAUAAAGUGCCAGGCAGUGACGCCACCGUGCUGAGGACUCCCAGCUUUAGCAUGCAUGUGGAAAAGGCUGUGAAGUGGGACCUUGCCCAGGCCUUUGGAAAAGACAAACAUGGCCGAAACUGGUUCCACGCAACACUAAAUGCCAGCCGGGUUCCCAGGCUGGCUGCAAAUGCUCCAGUUUCUGUGAUGGUCUGUGAGUUCACACAUGACCCAUUUCCUUGGUUAAGUUACCCAGAAAGCAUUUCAACAGAGGUGGACGGGUUCAGAAUGACAGGGGCCACGGAUAACGGGGGCGUGGUAGAAAUCAUGCCUGACACAGUGGAAAUGUACCUCACCAGAAAAAACUUGACCUCUGUGACUUUCGGUCUCACAUUGGGACCCGACCCUAAGGAUGUUGGGUCCUCAAAGAUGACAACAGGAGGGUUUAGCUUUGAGGUGGACAGCGGAGGAGUUAGGGAGGUACUGGUCCACAUCGUGACAAAUGAGACCGUGCUGUUGACAGUACUGGUGUACGUGGGCCAUCAUGUCACCCCCAACUAUCUGGCAGCCAACUUCCUGGUGCCCCAUGACACACCUCCAGUUGUCACCCAAAGUGACCUAUUUGACCCAGCCUGUGCAGUCAAGGUGGCUCGAGUGGUCUGCCUGCCACAGUCCCUCCUGCAGGUCAUGGCUCGGCACAGCCACUCACCCAAGUACAACGUAUCUGUGGUUCUGCGGGCCCCGAGCUCUGCCCUGGAGCCCACUGACAGGCUAGUGCAGAUUUCCAUCUUCAGCGCCCGCUGCUUGGACAUGUACAGGACCCAGAGCGAGUGGAGGGAAGACGCUUGCAUGCUGGGAGAAAAGACCACCUGGGACAAAGUGCACUGUACCUGCAGGGACAUAGGGAGGACCAGGCGACAGCCGAGGAUGCUGCCUCGUGUUCCCCUGCACAUGCACUACGUGACAGCCCAGGUGGUCUCCAUUCCUAACCCUGUGGGGCUACCAGGGGCUGUCACAGCAGACUGUCAGCAAAACCCUGUGACCCUCCUCACUGUGCUUUUCAUCAUGCUCGUCUACACAGGUCUAGCUUCCUGGGCCUUGUGCAGGAACAAGGUGGACCGAGUUCUUCGGGACUGUGUGAUUGUCCUGCCUGAUAACAACUCCAAUGAUAGCGUGUGCUACGUGGUCACUGUCUUUACAGGAAGUCGCUGCCAAGCUGGAACCAGGGCCAAUGUCUUCGUCCAGCUCAGGGGCACACACAGCACCAGCGAUGUGCAUUGCUUAAGCCACCCACACUUUAGGACUCUCUUCCGAGGAAGUGUCAGCGCUUUUCUCAUGACGGCCAAACGGGACCUAGGGGACAUCCAUUCCAUUCAAGUGUGGCAUGACAAUGGAGGCCAGGCACCUUGCUGGUAUCUGAGUCGAAUCAAGGUGGAGAAUGUGUUUAGCGGGCACAUCUGGCUGUUCAUGUGCCGAAAGUGGCUUUCCAUUGACACCACUUUGGAUAGAACAUUUCAUGUUUUGCGUCCUGAGGAGCCUGUGGGAAGAAAAGAUUUCUUUCUCAUCGAUCUGCCUCACAAGCUCCGGACACAUCAUGCGUGGUUCUCCGUUUUUGCUGGUUUUGUUCCCAAGCCAUUCAGUAGACUCCAACGAUUGUCCUGUUGCUUAGCAGUGUUGCUAAGCUCUCUUUUUUGUAAUAGCGUGCUCUUCAAUCUGAACAGGCACGAGCAGGCUGCGUCCAGAGAGGGGCGCUACACCAGAUCGAUGGUGAUCGGAACUGAAAGUGUCUUAAUCACACUCCCGGUGCAAAUGCUAAUAACUUUUUUCUUCACUCACUCCCAGAGGAUACCCCAAGGGGGUCGAGAUGAGCAAGCCCUGGUGUUAGAAGGCAGUGGGUGCUGGGAAGAGGGACUGUGCAAGUGGUACACCCACAGGGGCACCAGGGGAGCCUCGAAGCCCACCUUGAAGGUGUCACCUGGAAAGCCAAAGCCUUCCCUCCAGGUGGCCACUGGGACAGAGCACCAGCAUGAGAAAGCAGACAGCGAUGCAAACGUCCAUAACAGAAACACUGGAGACACUCACGAUGUCCCUUCUGGAGAGCCGCCUUCCCACCAGGGUCCUAAACGCUGCCAGACACAGUGCUGGAUAGCUCUGUCUUGGUGGUGUGUGUACACAGCAUGGUUCUUUGUGCUCGCCACUUCUACUGUAUCCUCGUUCUUUAUCAUAUUUUAUGGCCUGACUUACAGCUCUGACGAGUCAGUAGAAUGGCUCUUCGCAUCGAUUUGCUCAUUCUGUCAGUCAGUUUUUCUGGUGCAGCCACUUAAGAUUAUACUUGAGUCAGGCAUCAGGACCAAUAAGCCCACGUACUGCAAAGACCUGGCGUGGGCAACUGAGCAUCCCUCUUGUGAGAUCAAGCUGUGCGGGCUGCGGAUGCCUCGCGAUGAGGCGCGGAAGCUCCGGGAGCACGUGGCCCAGCUGCGUGCCUCAAGGAGGUACCAGCCCCUCACGGAGGACGAGGUCAGGAUCUUCAGGAGGUUUCGGAGGGUCAGGAGGAGAGCCAUCUUGUUCCUGAGCUACCUCAUGACUCACUACAUCUUCAUGGCGCUUCUGCUGCUCCUCAUCGUCCGGCUGCGCCACACCGACAGCUUCUACUACAACCAGUUCAUUCUUGGUCGCUUCUCCAGGGACCUUGCCGCCGUGACGAAGCCAGAGGACAUCUACAGGUGGCUCAGCCUCGCCCUUCUGCCGCUGUUCCACAACAGCCAGAACCCGACUUUCCUUCCCGACAGCUCCUCCAAGAUCUUGGGGCUCCCGCGCAUGAGACAGGUGAGGGCAAAACCUACUGAGAAGACAUGUCCGCCUGCUAAAAGCUUCAUGCAAUACAACUUGGCAGGAGAAAUUCACUGUCAUCCUGCAUAUGGCACUGACCCACAGGACACGGGGAACUACUCCAGGUUCUGGAGUGAAGUGGACAAGCAGGCUAGAGGCAUGAACACUGAGGGGUUCACCUACAAGCCUCAGGGAAAGACGUGGGUGUAUUACUCCUAUGGACUGCUAAAUACCUAUGGAUCCGGAGGGUAUGUUUUCUAUUUUUUCCCAGAACAGCAGCAGCUUAAUUCCACACUGAGGCUCCUAAGACUGCAGCAAAGCAAUUGGCUUGAUGAGAAGACGUGGGCCGUGAUUCUGGAACUGACCACCUUCAAUGCGGACAGCAGUCUGUUCUGCAGCAUUUCCAUCAUCUUUGAGGUUUCUCAGCUAGGCGUGAUCAACGCCAGCAUUUCCACGCAGUCCUUCUCGCUAGCUGAGUUCCACAGAGAAUCAUCGGCAGAAAUCUACCUGUACGCGGCCAUUCUCAUCUUCUUCGUAGCCUACAUUGUGGACGAGGGUUAUGUCAUCAUGCAAGAGCGAAUCUCCUACGUAAAAAGCAUUUACAACCUGCUCAACUUCGCUUUAAAAUGUAUAUUUACUAUGUUGGUCACGCUCUUCUUCAGGAAGUAUUUCUUGGCCACUGGCAUGAUCCAGUUUUACCUGUCCAACCCUCAUGACUUCGUUCCUUUCCACCUGGUUGCCCAAGUAGAUCACACCAUGAGGAUCACUCUGGCUUUCCUGUUAUUUCUGACCAUCCUGAAGACCCUCAGGUAUUCCCGAUUCUUCUAUGAUGUGCGCCUGGCCCAGAGGGUCAUCCAGGCCGCCCUCCCUGGCAUCUGUCACAUGGCUGUGGUGGUGUCUGUGUACUUCUUUGUAUACAUGGCCUUUGGUUACUUGGUAUUUGGCCAACACGAGUGGAACUACAGUAACUUGAUUCACGCCACUCAGACCAUCUUCUCCUACUGCGUCUCAGCUUUUCAGAACACCGAAUUUUCCAAUAACAGGGUUCUUGGGGUCCUGUUCCUGUCCUCUUUUCUGCUGGUGAUGGUCUGCCUCUUGAUCAACUUGUUUCAGGCCAUGAUCUUGUCUGCUUACGAGGACAUGAAGCAGCCUGUGUAUGAAGAACUGUCGGAGGAGGUGGAAGUCAUGUCCUACCUGUAUCACAAGCUAAGAAAAGUCUUUAGCUUUCUGGCCCCCAACGAUCAGACUAGAGAUGAGCCCGAGUUCUUCAUCGACAUGCUGUACGGGAAGCCAGAAAAGAACAGCUGCCGGUAUCUGGGGCUGAAGACCCGAAACAUUAAUGGGAAGAAAGUGGUUUACCUCGUUGUUUGAUCGGUGGACUCAAUAAUCGUAUGUGGGUCUCCCUGAAUGCACACUGUGUGGGGCUCAGGGACGCAGGGUGGUUUAUGGCUCAGUCAUGCUCCCACAUGGGAAGCACCCCCACUGUGCCCAGCACCUGAGAACAGGAAGCAGGCAUAGAGGAUCAGUGUCGGGUUCCUGGACUGACUUCCUUCUACACAGAACGGUGACUCCUGGUCCAGCGGCACGCUUGCUUCUUAGCAGCCUGCAGCAGUGUGGAGGGGUUAGAACCACUGGUUCUGAGGGAAGGAGUAACCAGGUCCCACUUGGACCUGCCCAGGCAGAGCAGCCCGCAGCCUUAGCCUCCCUGAGCGCCACUCCUGCUUUGCAGGCCAGGAUGCAGAUGGGGUUGGGGGAGCCUUAUCUCCAUGCCUGGUGGGCCAGUACCAGGGGACCCUGUGGGGAACCCCAGGACUUGCUCUUGAGCUUGGGAAUGCAGGCAUGGAGCAUCGGAAUGCAGGGGUCAGUAGUCUGAGCUUCCCACCACUCCUUUAGG